CGCGAUUACGAUUGGUCCCUUCUCCGUCAGGUUUUAAUUUUGAAUUUUUCUUCAUGGCGAGGGCGAGGCCACUGCCUGGACUUCAUCUAAAUCCCCGGCUCUUAGACUAAAAUCAUGCUCAAGUUCAAGCAACAAAGAAGGAAGCGAAAAGUAAAAGCAAAAAGAUUAUUUAAAAAAAAAGAAUUCUCUCACUUUCAGUCCAAGCCAGUUACACCUCCCCCUCCACCAUCCUCAACAGAAAGAGUGGUUAUUUCUUCAACAAACACACCUCUUAUCAGAACCUGGCUAAGAUCCUCCUGGAAUUUCAAAUUUCCCAGUAUCAAAGAUGCAGUAAAACUUUGGACAAAUAGUUUUAUAUACUUUGGACGGUUUAUAUACAACUGGUGUCAGAACUGCAUAGCCCAGAGCUUAGAAGUAUUGAAAGAUACCAUCUUUCCUUCCCGUUUCUGCCACCAAGAACUUCAGAGUCUAAAACAACAGUUUUGCAUUUUGGAAAGUGAAUUAUGCAAGCUCCAGGAAGCACUGAAGACUAUUUCAGAAAAUUCUUCCUGUCCGAGCUGUGGUCAUCCCUGUUACAUGAAUGGUAAACUUACAAGAGUGCCUGCCUGUGCUCUAACCACCCCUGGAGAAUCCGAAUCCGGAGCUGUACUUCCUGCCACACUGCCAAAGCCAGCAGGCCAUCUUCCUAAGGACCUUAACAGGAAAGCUGGACCAUUGAAAAAAGAUGGACCCAUGCAGAUAACAGUUAAAGAUCUAAUGACUGUGAAAUUAAAGAAAACCCAGAGUUCUGAUGAAAAGAAAAAGCUUGUUCCAUCACCAAAGGUACGGAAUCCGCUAGUUACCGUCUCUGACCUGCAGCGUGUUACCCUGAAGCCCAACUCCAAAGUGUUAUCAACUCGAGUUACAAACGUCUUAAUUAAUCCUGGUAAAAGUCAGAUAGACCUGCGGAAACUACUUAGAAAAGUCGAUGUAGAGAGGAGCCCAGGCGGGACCCCUCUUACCAAUAAAGAAAAUAUGGAAACAGGAACUGGACUGACCCCAGUAAUGACCCGGGCCUUAAGGAGAAAGUUUCAGCUGGCUCACCCUAGAAGCCCAACUCAAACUCUGCCACUUUCUACAAGCAACUUUGAUGAACAAAACUGAUGCCAACUCUGCCUGACUCCAUGUGAUCAUCCAUAAAAUAUCCAUAAAAUCACCCCACUCCUUCUUUAAAAAUGUAGUAUGUAUAAAUAAUUGUUCUAAUUUAUAAUUCCAUUUAAAGAAUUACGGUAUUAUGGAGCCCAUAUUUACUGUAGAUACUAGUAAAGUGGGUAUUUGGAUAUUUUCUGGUUUGCAUGAUCAAUAAGAGAACAGAAUGGAAAAUACAAUCUCCAAAGUGAUCUUCAUCCUGGAAUUACCCAAUUUAGGUUGGAGAAGUUUUUUAAAUUUAACUAGAUAACUAAUUUGUACUCUCUAGGUGCAUUUAUGACCUUAAGACAAUAACCUAGUUCCCAUUCCUCUUGGGUAUUCUCCGGUAAUUGAAAAGUAUUUCAGCUUUUAAAGCUCAUGCAUUCAUUAAGUGCUAUAAACUUGAUCAAUAAGAAAGACCCUCUAGAUUUUAUUUAUGUUCGUUAUAAACAGUUAAGAGGUAAGUGCAUCCUACAUCCACACCCACCUAUUUUCCAAAAGGUUUGAAAGCAAAAGGUCCAAUGUGAUCUUAAAAAUUAGAAUAUAUCAUUUCUAGCCUCUUAGGUAGGGAGUCAUGUCUGGCUCACUGAAGUCUGAGAUAUUCAUUAUUUUGAUGUCUGCUGUCUACAUUCAUACAGCUAAAUAUAAAUUUCAUGAAGACUUCAGCCUGAACCUUGUAUUGUCCACCGUGCCCUAGCAAGGAUUCUUUGAGGUCCAUAGCAGGUUCAGUAUAAGACCUGAUAUCCUGUUGAUUCAAUAUCAAUAAUAAUGUACACCUAACUGGAUUUUUGUUCUUUCCUGCCAAUCCAGGUUUGCCAGAUUUAAUAAAUAUAAAUACAUGACAGCAAUCAAAUUUGAAUUUCAGAUAAAUAACAAAUAACUUUUAAAUAUAAAUAUGUCCCAUUAAACAAUGAAUACUUUGUUUAGUAUAAUUAUGUCCCAAAUAUUGCAUGGGAUAUAUGUAUACU